AUGUUUUUGAUUAAUAAAUUAUUUGUGAAUAAACAUGAAUUAACAUGUUUUUAUACUAAAUUAAUCAGUAGAAAUUAUAAUACAGGUGUUUAUUCAUCUAAUAUAAGUAGAAUAUUUAAUCAUAUAAAUGAUAAAUUAAAAAAUGAAAAGGAAAAGGAAAAUGUGAAUAAUUUAAUACAUAUAUAUAGGAAGUAUGAAAAUGCUAUAUCAAAUAUAAAUUAUAAUAAAAUGUUAGGAAGAGAUUUAUCAUAUUGUAUGAAUAUAUUAUCAAAAAUAAAAUACUUUAAAGAAAAUGACUUUUGGUUAAAAUGUAGUAACAAAUUAAUCAAAGGGAAUAUGAUACAUCGAAUUAAUGUACAAAGUUAUUAUUUGAUUGCUAAUUCCUUAAGCAAAGCUAGUGUGUUAUAUAAUUUAGAUUUAAAAAUAUAUAUUGAAAAAGAAGAUAAGGAGAUUGGGAAAUUAGAGAUUUUGCCUUUCAUAUAUAUUUUAUAUGAUGGUUAUAUAAAAUUAAUAAAAAAAAAUCAUAAAAUUUAUCAUAAAAUUUAUGAUGAAAUAGCUAUUAGAUUUCUUCUUGAUACAGAGCACAUGGAUUUAGAUAGUGUUAGUUGUACAUUAAACUUAUUUUCUAAAUUAAAUUUAGAUGAUUAUAAUAUAUUAUUUUAUUAUUUUGCUGAUUAUUUUGUGUUCACAAAAUUAAGAAAUAAGAAUAGUUAUGAUAUGAGUCAACCUUUUACAAAUAAAGAAAUGAAAUAUUCAAAAUCAAAUAAGUAUUCUUUAAAAAAACAAAAAAUAAAUUACUUUUUAGUAGAUAAAAAUAACAUUUCAAAAUUGGUUAUUAUUUUGCAUUCAUUAGUUAAGUCAAAUACCGUUCAUUUAGAAUUUUUUUUCUAUUGUUCUGAAUAUUUUGAAAAAUAUUUUAAUUACUUAAAUAAUAUUGAUAUUUGUAACAUAAUGUACAGCUUCUCAAAAAAUAAUUUUAUGAACAAAAAGUAUAAUAAAUUAUCAUUAUUAAAAAGAGUGACCAAUGCAAAGUUUGAGUAUUAUUUAAAAUGUAUUAUAAAAAAAAUAAAUUUAUAUAAAAAAUUUUAUAUCGAAGAACAUGAAACGACUACUUUUGAAAACACGUAUUCUUAUUUAAAAAGCAAUUAUUCUUUAAUAAAUUUAAAUAAUGAAAUAUAUGAAAAGAAAUAUUAUAACUUAUUAUCGAGGUUAAUAAAUUACUUACAGAAUGAAAAUAUUUUAAAUGGUAUUAAUUCGAUACAAAUCUCUUCUUUAGCUCUUUCGAUAGCAAAAUUAAAAUUAAAUUCAUUAGAUAUUUUUUACGCUUUUAACUAUAAGGUACAUUAUUUAUGGAAACAUUUUUCGUUAUAUAGUAUUGCAGACUUUUUAUAUGCAAUAAAUGAAAAAAAUAUAUAUGAUGAACAAGUAUCUCUGUUGUUGUAUUAUCAAUUUAUCAAGUUAAUUCAUAAAGCAUAUAUUAAUGCCUUGAAUAAUAAUUCAUUUCUAAAGGAAAAUAUAACACUCAUAAAACAAAAUGUUCAAGGUACUUAUUUUAUAGAAAAAUCACGUAAAAAAAUUUAUUUUUUAAACGAAAAAGAAUGUUCUUUAGUUAUCAGGAUUUUUCAAUCAUUUUCUAAAUCAGAUUUAAUGAGUAGAUUUACUUUUCUGAAUAAUGAUAUUGAUGAGUACUUUCCUUAUAAUAUCGAUAAUGUAAUUAAACUAAUUUCUAAAGAUAAAAAGGAUGAAAAAGAAAAAGAAACUAAUAGAAAAGAAAUUAAUGAUUUGAAAAUUUUUUCUACUAUAGAUUUUAAGAAUAUUCAAAAUAAUAGCAAAAAUUCUGAAAAUAAUUUUUGGAUAAAAUUAAAUUCCUAUCCAGAUAGUUCAUUUCCUAUUUUUAACAAUUUUGAUAGGAAUGCUAAUUUACUUAAAUUAUAUACUUUAAGUACCUUUUAUUUUUGUAUAAAUCAACAUUUUGAUAUGAUAAGUUUUGAAAAUAAAUGUUUAUUAUGUUAUUUUUCAUUAAAUAUACCUCAUUUUAUAUAUCCUUUACCACUUAAUCAAACAAAAGAAGAACUCAAAGAUCCAUUAGUUAUAAAUGAUGAUAAGGAGGAUGUAUAUAAUAACUUUUCUUUUAUAUAUAAGAAAAAGAGAAUUAACGAUUUCAAUUUUAAUGUAACAUUUUCUGCUAGGAUAUUGUUUCAUAUAGUAUAUCAUAUGAAUCCUGAAAAACUUUGUGAAAUAAGUAUUAGGCAAAUUUACACAUGCUUUUUAUGUUUGUAUUUAAAUAUCAUUAAUAUUCAUGGAAUAUCAGAAAAUCAGUUAACAAAUUUAAAACAAAAUGUAUUACUAUUUGAUUUUAUAAAUUUUGAAAGUACUUCAAAAGAAAAUUUUAGAUAUUUGAAUUAUUAUAUGGAUAAUUCUAAUUUAGACACAUUAGAAGAUUUGAAAAAUAAUAUAGUAAAUAAAAGUAUGAAGAUAUAUGUUUCAAAUAAUAAUAUUAUUUUAUACCUAUUUUCACUGAAUGUUCUUAGGAAAAUUAAUAAAUUUUUAGAUUAUGCAAAGGCAAAGAAUUACCAACAGAAUGAAAUGGCCUUAACUUCAAAAACACAUAAUGAAGUUUAUAAUUGUUUAAUACAAAUAAUAAACGGCUUGAAUUAUAAAUAUAAAAAAAAUAUAAGGCAUACUUCUGAAGUGAUAGUUGGUCCUUUUGUACUAGAUUGUGUCAUUGAAGCUUAA